AUACUUCACUUCACCUAAAUUCCACACAAAAAUAUCAUCAAACCCGCAAACAAAUGGACUCAUCUUGGCCUGAAAACGUUCCGUAUCAUCGGAAAAUGGCCAUCGGAGAGCUGGUUAGAGGUCGGGAAAUUUGCAACCGGCUAAAAAUAGUGCUGAGCCGCCAUGACCAAUCUUUAUCUAAUGGGAAUAUUGAUUUGCCUGUCGAUGAUCUCGUCGUGGAGAUCUUAAAUACUUUCACUAAUAGUCUUUCUAUGUUGAAUAGAGCAAACUCCGAUGAGGUUUGCCUGGAUAGUUGCCGGAAGUCGGAGGAUUCCGGUGAGAGUAGCAAGAGUGUCACUACUGUCAAAGAUCGGAGAGGUUGCUACAAGAGAAGAAAGACUAGUCACACAUGGACAAGAGACAGUUCAGAUCUAAGAGAUGAUGGUCAUGCAUGGAGAAAGUACGGACAAAAGGCUAUCCUAAAUGCUAAAUUUCCAAGGAAUUAUUUUAGAUGCACUCAUAAGUAUGAGCAAAAAUGCCAAGCAACAAAACAAGUUCAAAAAAUUGAGGAAAAUCCUCCCAUUUUUAGAACUACUUACAAUGGCAAUCACACUUGCAACCACUCCCUCAAAUCUAACUCUCAUCAUCAUCUAAUUAUCACGGAAUCUCCCGAUGAUGACGAUUCUUCUAAUCUCAUAAGCUUUAACAACAACAUCGACAACGUUGUUAAUUGCGUACAAUUAGAGAGUGAUAAUUACGAUUUCACAUCAUCAUCGUCUUCAUCAAUAAAGCGCGAGGACAGGGAUAUUAAUGACAACAUCAAGCUCCAACCAUCAUCAUCCGAUUACUUAUUGUCUCAUGAUAAUCACUUGUCGACAAUUGAUCAUGCGGAUGUGAUUUCCGGGGCGAAUUCGACGUUUUCUUGCACCACAAGUAAUGAUGAAAGUUUUGACAUGGAUGAGAUUAUGAACUCUGUUACUGCUCAUUUUCACGAUGAUGAUGCUUUGCAAUUUGCAUUUUGAUGCGUACUACUUGUAAUUUUUCAAUAAUUCGAGUUUUUAGUUUAGGGUAUGUGCUUGUGAGCUAGGCAAUUAAGAUCCUUUUGGCGUAUCAAAUAAUGUAAUUAUUUCUUGUGUACAUAAAUUAUUAGUUUUUGGUUCA